AUAACCAUGUCUUCCAUCAACAACACCAUCCCCACCAACACGACCAGCACCACUGGCCCCGCCCGUCCCGAACACCACAUCCACCACGACUCCGAACCGCUCCCCGGCGCCCGCGGCGCUGCCCCUGCAGCCGACUACUCGCCGGAUAACAUGGAGCGGGUUGCGAGCUCGACAUGGCAACAGGGCGGCGAUAUGAAGCCGUCACGUGAGCUGGGCGACAUCGCUUCGGAUGAACGCGCCGCAGCCCACCAUCAUGACUCGCACACAGCGGGCAAUGUCCAGUUUGACGAGCACCCUAGUGGCGAUCACCCCGACGAGAGGCAUCCCACUCGCAAGGCGACUGCAGCAGACAAGCUCAUCGGGAAAGCACAGGAAGUCGCCGGCAAGGUUGCCAAGAAGCCCGAGCUCCAAGAAAAGGGCGUGCUUCGUCAAACAGAGGGCAAGAGUGCCAUGUAA